AUGGCCUGCCUUCUUCAUUGGGUGUAUUGGAGAUUAGGAGACAUCCAACAAGCAGACUGCAACUUCGGCACCAUAAGGUUGGAAUACAAGGUUUUUGUAUCCACUCCUUGUCUUUUCAUUCCAUUUUUCAAUUCUUGCAUCAUCUCUCUCCAUCAUGUCUUUUACAUUCUUGCAUUUACUCUCUCCCUUCUGACUCCUGAAAUUUUUGCAUCAUUUCCUUGUCUUUCCAACUCAUCUUUUCAUUUCUUGCAUCUUCUCUCUCCAUCAUCUGAUACUUAUUGUUUCUUUUAUGUCUCUCUUUCUAUACCUGUCUUCUCUCUCUCUUUCUCCUUCCAUACACUUGCUGUCACUUUCUUCACAUUUCAUAUUUUAUCAAUUAUCUCCCCUCCGGUUUCACUUUGUACUUACUUUUCUCAUUUCUUUCUCACUCAGUACAUUGUUUUAUUUCUUACUAUCUACAUGUUCCGUUUCUCAGUUCUCUCUUUUUCCCUGUACUAA